AUGGCCUCGACGAGCGCGCACGAGGAGCGCUUUGUUACCUCCUUCGACGGCACGGGGAUAUACAGCGAUGCAAGCUGGGUAGGUUCGUUGAGCGAGGUGAACCAAGCCAUCAUCUUUGUGCACGGCCUAACAGCCACGACGUACAUAUGGGACCCCAUCUUCACCUCCCCUCGCCUCCUUACCCCUGGUCGCCUGCUAAUCCGCUACGACUGCCGCGGUCAUGGUCGAUCAGACAAGCCCGAUGCAUCGGGUGAUUUCCCACCCGCCUACUCGGGCGAAGCCUUUGCCUCCGAUUUCGCAGCAGUAGCUUCGGCGUGGGGCUUCACCCCGUCGCGCGCGGGUCGCAGAGUCAUCGGUGUAGCCUGGUCAAUAGGCUGUGCAACCCUCUCUGAGCUUCCUCGUCAUGGCGUAUCACGCGACUUGGUGGACGGGUACCUCUACCUAGCCCCGUACGCCUGGCCCGCCCUCGGAGCGCAUAUUGCAGGGCCUAUCGCGAUAGAAUGCAUACCCGUACUGCGUGGCCUACUACCUGCUAGCGAGCAGGAGCUGGAGAAUGCUCGAAGGAAGUGGGUGAGCAAUUUCUCCUCCCAGGCAGAGGGUGGGGUACCGCGGGAGGUGGUGGAGAGAUGGCUCAAAGCUGCCAGGCUUUUGAGGCCAGAGGUGGCAAGACAAUACGGUGGGAGACAGGAGGAUGAUGCGGGACAGGCGAUCGUGGCUGCUGUGGUGGAGAAGGGUACGCCCCUGGUCUUGUUGCAUGGUACGGCGGAUCUACUCUUGGACUGCGACAAGACCAUCGAGGUGACUGGCGCAGCGUUUGGGGAUGCGGCUGCUUUUCAGGCUGUGAGGCUUCAAGGGGCGGGUCAUCAUCUUAUGUGGGAUACGAGGGAGGAGGUUGUGAAUUGGGUGAUCGAGGUGGAGAAAAGGGCGACAGGGGCGUAG